AUGAAUAACAUCGAACGCCGUCAAAUAUGGGCUCAGCCCACUUCAACCACUUUGGUGCAUCCAUCAUGCACGCCUUUUCUACUGCCCAGCAAUGGCGUCCUUAUAAUCAACAGCUCUUUUUCGGUGACGAUGACCGAAGAUGCUUACUACCAACCUACUUGUACGGGCGCGGGUAACGAUGGAGUUUUCCCUUCUGCUAUGCUCAACAAUGCAGAUCCGUUCUAUGCCUCUGUCGGACCACAACUUUAUGCGAUCGGCUGCAUGACGGUGGUCAGUUAUCUAUUGGUUAUCAUCCUACUCAUCACCCCUCGGAAGUUUUAUAUCGGAGGCCCUGGAGGUGACGGAAAUAUUCUGGGACGACAUGGCAUUAUUAGUGGUUCAUAUAGUGGACAUUCCUCUGUCACCGGCGUAGGUGGCCGCCCUUGGCUGCAGAAAGUGGCAGCACUGUUAGUCGCAAUCUCCUUGACGAUCGCGACAGUUGAUUCAUUUAGAGUGGCGGAGAGACAAUACGAUAUGGGUUAUACUGACGCUGCAGCUCUGACGGAAGAAGUCAUUGAUGGCACUGAAAUUAGAGCCGUGCACGUUGUGUCUAGUACCUUUUUAUGGCUCGCUCAAGUCCAAACCCUUAUACGACUGUUUCCACGACACAAGGAAAAAGUCAUGAUAAAAUGGGCAGGCUUUGCGUUGAUUGUGCUUGAUACAAUCUUUGCCAUAUUGGAUAAUUUUCUUUCACAUGGUUCAGAGACUCGACCACGGCUUUUUGACGAUGCAAUACCGGCGCUCUCCUAUCUCUUUGAAUUAGCUCUCAAUUUACUUUACGCCGCUUGGGUAAUAUUCUACUCAUUGUCAAAGCAUAGAUUCGCUUUCUUUCAUCCAAAAAUGCGGAAUAUCUGUCUAGUGGCUAUAUUCUCCCUGUGCGCGGUUCUGAUCCCCGUCGUGUUCUUCAUCAUGGAUAUUUCUUCACCCGAUGUUGCAGGUUGGGGUGAAUAUAUCAGAUGGGUCGGGUCCGCGGCUGCUAGCGUGGUUGUUUGGGAAUGGGUGGAAAGAAUAGAAGCCCUUGAACGUGACGAACGCAAAGGUGGAAUCCUAGGACGAGAAAUCUUCGAUGGCGACGAAAUGUUAGAGGUCACACCUUCACAAGAGGUUGAGUGGCCGAGGUCCUCGAACGCCCCCGGAAAUAAGGGCGGUCGUGGGACUGGGGCAGCUUGGAGAGGUAGUAGUACCCCGAACAAUAGAGUCAUGCGCAGAGGCCAUCUUGGAUUUCAACUUGGAACCCGCAAUCGGAACGAUGCUGAUAAUGAGGAGCCCCAUCGACGUGCGGCACCCGCUCAGGACGCGUCUGCUCCUCCUGUGCCUCCUCCGGCUGCGGUGACUCCCAUCAGUAGAGCCGAUACUACCAGUGCUGCUUCAACAGUUUACUUUGUCCGCUAUCACACUGUUGCCAGUCCCACCCCUCCUCUAUCCGCACCCCCAGUUGAAUCCAGCGGCGAUCCUGAUCCUCAAAACAAGCAAGAGGAUAUUCAUGGUACUGCUGUCGCAGCCAGUGAAGCACACCCAACAGGACAUUAUGCCCCUGUAGGCAAUGAAAUACUCUUAACAGCGGCAUCGGGUUGGAGACGUUGGCUUCCAGGUGCUAGUUUAUUCGGAGCUAGACGGACAUCACCGCCUCAAGAGAUAGCCACUGCUCAAGAGGAGGAGGAAAAUGCGCGUGACAAGUAUAGCGAAAGUGAUGACGAUAACUUUGCAGAAAAGGAUGUGAGUCCUUCGAACAAACCCUCAAGAUUUCAACAAGCCUUGUCAUCGUUCCGCCUGGGCGAAUUACAACAGAGAUUCGGCACACGAUCCCCUAAACCCUUGACAGUGACUGUGAUUCCUUCCCGUGAUAUUGCUCACCAGCGAUGGUCACCACAAGCGAAUGAAGUUGAACGAUCCAGUCACCUAGCGAAUUCCAAUGGUCUACCGACAACCGUAAUUCCAGCGCAGGGACGACGCACAUCAGCGUGGCCCUCACCUUCGAAUACCUCCGAUGAACAUGGGAACAAUGAUCAGCUCCAGUAUGACCCGGAGACUGCUGCGCUGGUGGGCGUCGAACCGGAUUAUGUAACCCAACCAACUAGGACCGUGUCAGUGGAUUCUUCUACACUUGACGCUUCUGAUACGCCUGACGAAAGGGCAAAUAAUCAUUCGUCAGGACACCAACAAAUGCACAGGACAUAUGCCGAAGGUGAAACAAGACGCGAAGACCAUCCAACGUCACGGGAGACAUUGCAAUUUGAUUAUGACGACGGCGAUAUAGAAGCUGGACGUGGUCGCGGAUACCAAUAA